AUGAUCGAUCUACCUUUAAACCUUCUGAAAGGCAACAUUCCUUCCUAUGUUGGCAAGCUCCAGAAUUUGGAAGAACUCACCUUGCACGGUAAUGACUUGUCAGGUGUAAUCCCAAACUCCAUGGGAAACCUGACUCGACUGGUCUCACUAGAUCUCUCAGCAAAUAGAAUCGAAGGUCGAAUUCCCGUGAGUCUAGGGAAAUGUCAGAGUUUGAGCUUCAUCGACUUCUCUGCAAACAGACUGACCGGAGAAAUACCUGCAGAGGUAAUGAACUUGUCUUCGUUAGUUAACGUGUUGAACCUGUCACAUAAUUUACUUGGUGGCAAGCUGUUGCCCGAGUUAGGAAAUUUGGAGGAUUUGAAUGCUAUUGAUAUCUCAUUCAAUGAUCUGAUUGGCGAAAUUCCCGAUCCGGUUGUAUCAAACUAG